AUGCCGAUGAGCGUCAGGUCGUUCGAGGAGAUGACCUCGAUAACCGACAUGAAGGACGGAACCUAUUCGGUGAAGAUGCGACCAAACUGCAAUGUGUGCGCCGGUCAUCCAAACAAGACGCAGAAUUGGCAGCGCUCUUAUUUAUUCCUCAAGUCCGACGACUCGGCUUUCGAGGAGCCCCCUCGAGAGGGCUAUCGGGUUCUAUGGAACCGUUCUUGUGUUGGCCAUCCUACGUCUCCAGUCUAUCCGGAGGAUUUCCUGAAAAGCGUUCGAGCCGUCGCUUUGCUUCGAAUUUACCGUUGGUCCGAAAUUUCCGUUGAGAGGAUUCGCGAGCUUAAGGACCGGAUCGCUCGAAGAGAGUGGAGAUCUGAUCUUCCGACCGUUCUUCCUAUUCGCACCAAGAGACUAGACAUCUUCCCGAAGGACAUCCAGAAGCAAGUUUCUAAAGCAAAGAGGAUGGGAACUCUUCCUGAUUUGAGCGCGAUAUUAGCCGCCCAGCUGGGGCUGGCCAGCGGGGAAGGACCCUCGACGGCGGUUCCUCGCGCUGGUGGGGUUCCCCCUUCUGAUGCUAGAAACGCAGGGAAGGGUAAAAAAAGGAAGAGGGGCGGCUCGGAAGUCGAGGUGAGUGCCGAGGAGGCGAGCGACGUUCCUCCUUCUGGCGAACCCCAGAAGAAGAAGAAGAAGAAGAAGAAGAGGACAAAGAAGCCCGUUGACGAGCGGUCGGAGAAUCUCGAAGAACCGGCUGAGAUUGAGGAGGGCGAUGUCCAAGAAGAAGAACUUCAACCCGAAGAGAAGGCUUCUGAGGCUGAAAUCUCGGGAGAACGGAACGAUGCGGAGGAAGUUGGUGGAGGGGAGGAAUCUGAAACUCCUCUUAGUGCCGCCCGUCCGGACGGUUCUGAAGGGGACAGCGGAGAGUCGCCGCUUUUGAUCAGGAGGCCUAACGACGGUGUUGGCGACGAGGCGCGAUCUCCUAUUCUGGCGCCUUCUCGCGAGGGAACUCCGGCUCUCAUUGGAGAAGGGGCCGCUCAGAUCGGCACUUCUUCUCGCGGCUCCGCUAUCUUGAGGUGGGUUCCCGGAGUCAACUUUCCGGACAAGGUUUCGUUUCACUACGAGGGACCGGCCCCUCUAGUGUACGUUCCUGAGAAGUGCGGAGAGUUCCUUCGCCAACUAAGAGGGAGGGCGAAACCUUUGCCCGCCGUGAAGGACCUCAUCUUUGGGAGAGAAUACGAGGAAGUUGCGAGGGCCAAGCUGCUGGGGGACAGCGCGGUGAACGUCGUGAUUGAUAAAUACGACACUGCCCUGAAGGGAGCUUUGGGCGAACUCGAGCUGGCUAAGAAGGAGCAAGCGGAUAGAGAGGAAGCUUCUGCUCGCCAGCUGAAUGCAUCGAGGGCUGACGUCGAGAGGCUUAACGGGAUGGUUGCUCGCAUCAUUGUUCGAAGGGACGGGCUCAAAGCCGAGUUGGAGACAUCCCGAGGAGUCGUCCGCGAGCUCGAGCGGAAGAAUGCCGGACUUGAGAGCGAGAAGGUUUCUCUCGCUGCGUCUCAUGAAGGAGAGAUGAGGCGCCUUAGAGAUUCCAGAAUCCUAGAAGUGACGAGGGAAAGAGGAAGAGUUGAGGCCGAGAUGGCCGCGAAAGCUAAUCGUCGCUUCACUAGGAUUCGCUCCCGAGAAGAGCGACGAGGUCCCUACGAGGAGGCCCGGUUGCUUCAUAGCCAAGCCUUCGGAACCAGGAAAUGCCUUGAGGCUUUGAAGAGGGCUGGGAGCGAUAUCUCGCAAGCUACUAUCGAGAUAUUCGCCGAGCAAGAAAAGAAAUACGAGCAGGAAGCCGAGAAGCUUAGGGUGGGUGAGAUACCCGAGGAAGAUCUCACACUUUCUCCUCUCGUAUUGGACUCUCAGUUUAUGGAUGCUCGAAUCUUGGCGAGUCUCGAUCCGUAUGGGUCCAACGCCGGCUUGAUCGAUCCGGAGACUGCAGCGAGUCUUCACGUUCCGCCUACUUAUCCGAAUGAAGCGCGGCGCGAAGACCCGACGCCUCUUCUUGAAGGCCCUUUGGCCGAUCUAGAGAUCAUCCCGAGAUCAGACGAAGCGCGUGUUUCUCCGGCUGCUCGUGAGUUGAGUGUCAGGGCUUCGGAGCUCUCCAUCCUCAACGAUCGUGAAAGCGGCCGGGAGGACUAG